AUGACCCAAAUAUUACACACUUUGAGUACGAGCGUGUAUUUGUAUUUCAGGAACCCGUUCUUUCCAAUCAAUGAGACAAACAGUGAAGAACUACCAGCUAGCUUUGUUUUGCAUCUGGAUAGACCUCUGGUUGUUUCAGCCUCGAUACUCGAGAAGAUUCACUCGACGUUGGAAACUUUUAAAGGAGGUAACUCAAAUGUAUUAACAUCAUAAACAAAGACACAUUGGAAAAAUUUGAUGAACUCAUAAAGAGUAUAAAGAAGAUAAACACGCUGAGCAUUAUCGCUGAGCAUUCAUUACAUGGAUUGCGGGAUAAGUCAAGAAUUUUCCAGCGCUUUUUAUUCUGCUUUAUUUUGGCUUACAGUACUUAUAACAAAAUUAGGCGGGAAUACUGAAUAUUCAGGGUAAACAUCCCUUCACCAACUGUGUUAAACUUGGUUUCAUUACAGCCGUAGUUAGUUCUCGGUUUCAAAAAUAUAGGAACCAAAUACGCCAUCCAUACGAUUCGAUCACCAUAUAGAAAUCUUGUUUGUACGCCUCACACAUGGCCUAACUUUUAUAAGAUGAUCAUUCUCGAGUAGGGCAAUCACGAUUCUAGCAUAUUUUCCCUUUAAAAUGGUUGAAAGCGUUUCUAACCAUGCUUGAGUCACGUAAUAUAGUCUUCACAUCGAAUUUUUACGAAUAAAUACAAAUACCUCCAUGCAGUACACCUCAGCAUAUAUCAAAUAUCAUGUGACCUCACUUGUAAUGCGAAUUGUCGCUAAAACGUGUCACGUAGUGAAACCACAUUAGGCGUUUAUUCGCGUUUGAAGUCUUUGUGAAAAAGUCCAUUAGUUGUGCUCUUGUGGACAAAACAACGACAGCUCAAAUUCUCGUUAAAUUUGCAAUAAAAACAUUGCAAUAGACAAAUUUGGCUGACGUUUGUUUAUACCCAAUUCACAACUUUAUAUAUUUCACAUGCCUAAUUUAUUUAUCAUUGUUCUAGUAUACAUAUAAGCAUAUAAUAGAACAAAGGUAACUAUGCUUUAGAAUUAUCUACGUAAGUGAAUAACUCUUAUACAUACCCUCUAAUGCUUAUAGUUACUUUUGUUCUAUUUUAUACUUCUAUAUACUAGAGCAAUAGUAACUAGGCAUGUGCAUGAGCUAUCUAAAGUUGUGAAUUGGGGAGCAGCGAUGUAAACAACGGAGUGUGAGACCUCUAGAUGGGCACUUGUGCUCUUGGGACAAACAGUAGUUGAAACAUUUUUAAAUAACCCCCCCCCCCGCCACAAAAAAAGCCCCCCAAAAAACUAACGUUAGCCAAAUUUGUCUAUUAUACUUCUCGCGAAUCCUUGGCUAAUUCUCAUUAUAUUUAUCAGCAGUCAUGCAACCAUAUAUAUAAGUAUACAAAUAGUUAAUUUUAUAUCACCCUAUUUAAUUAAUUAUUGUAAUUGUCUGUUUUUCUAAUACAUAUAUAGAGAAAUUUAUUCAAAAUUCUAAAGCGUACAUGGACUGUCUAAUCAUAAAAAGGGUAAGAAGUUCGUCUGUCAAUGUGUUUGUUUCCCUGUAUGUGCUGUCAUUAAUUAAUAUUGUUUGACUCUCAAUAAUUCCAUAUAUUAAUAGUGGCUCAAAGAAAGAAACAUGGAAUAUAGCGCGCAAAUGGCAUACCGCCAGGUUUGUUUGAAAGAUUAGAGAUUUUGAAACUGAUGUUACUUUUUAUAAUCACCGUUCUUACCAGCUUUUUUACGUAGCAAAAUCCUUAUUCACACUUUUAUAAGAUAACUAUAAGUUGUUUGUGCACAAUUCUAUAUAUAAGAAGUUUUCAGAAACCACGUAGUGAUACGGUCAGUACUUUUUAGAGAAAAAGGCCAUUUUUGUAAAGCUUCAGAGAACUAUUAAUAUAAGAUAUAUCAACAAGUAUUAAAAAGUAAUAAUAUGCAGUGCAAUUUUUUCGAAAUACAGUGCCAAAAAAUGAAAUACAUGCAGUUAGUGCAAAAAAAAGAAAUACAGUGCAAAUUUCUUAUUUUUUAUUUUUCAAAUUUCUUAAUUUUCUUUAAGAAAUUAAAAUUUCUUAACUUUUAAAUGUGACUUACGCACGUGACUGCACAAUUUUCAUGUAUAUUAUUAAUAAGUAAUAGUAUGGUUUCUCGUCCAAUUUGAAAAAAAACAACACUGUGAGUUUUUGAAAGAAUUCAAAUCUGAUAUUCUUUGAAAAACUCACUCGUGCAUGUUUUUUCCAAAUUGAAUAUGUUUUGUAUAUUUUUCUUAUUUCAGAAACUUCCUGAAGAAAAACAUAUCUACCGUAUUUCAGAGAAAGAUCUUCAAGGAAGUUUGUCUUUGAACAGUAAUGUUGGUGUAGUUAUUUCAAGAAUUCCCUUCACACACUGUCAAAAUGUCGUGAAGAUAAUCCGG